CAGCCAAUUGAAGGUAAUAAUCAAGAUAAUGACGGCGGCACUAUACGUGACAUUCGCGCGCCCGAUGGUUCGUGCUGUUCGCUGGCCGCAGAGCGCACCUCCUAAAUGGCCGACCCGUAGUCGCAACGAAAAAUCGGCUUCAGUAGUGUCAGAACCACCGUCCGUAUUCGUCGUGCGUGUUAUUGUUGUCCGUGAUCCUAUCGUUUCCGUUCGUGUUUCAGUCUGUGUUUAAGUCUCUCGCCUAGUUAUUCUCGAGACCGUCGGACGCCAGCCGCAAAAAUGACUACUUACGUUACCUCUAAAGUAAGCAAUUUUAGUUUUUUUUUUUUUUUUUUCUGUUUUACUCCAAUCGCGAUGUCGACCAACUUUCUUGCACCGGGCGUUGAUUUUAGAAUAAUAUAAAUUGCAUUAUACAAUACAUUACAAUAUAAUAUUUUUAAAUCAAUGCCCGCACAAUACACAGACAACUGCUAUACGUAAAUCAUUGCGCGUUGUUGAUUAGUUGAACCAUACUUUAAGCGGUCAAGAGAGAAAGAGAGAGUAUACCACCGACCUUUUUAUUAUUAGUGCAUGAUUUUACAAUCUGAAAUGUUUGAAACGCCGAGGUUUCGUCAUUAUAAUAAUAUAACAGUGUAUAUAAUAUAAGUAUAGUAUAUAUAAUUUAUAGUAUACUGUAUACACACAUUAGGAUUUAUUUCCAUCGCAUUAAUAAACCCGACGCGCGACGGCACUAAAUAGGUACAAGUUAUAUUAUUCUUUGAAAUAAACGCUUGAUAAUAAUAAUAUUAUUUUUUAGGCAUAAUUUAGGUAUGUACACUCAUAUACGAUACUUACUACGUGGGAAGCAGAAUAGGUAUAAUAACGCAAUUGUUUCCCCUGUAUAUUUAUUCGUCUUACAAAAGUACCUAAUUAUAACAUGAAAACCAUACACGCGAGUGACGAGUAUGACCUAAAAAUAUCUAAACUAUCCGUAGUCAUAGUUUUGUUCGGUAACUUUGGCCAUUUAGGACUUGCACAAAGUGCCUUAUUGGGUUUGAGGGAGGCGACUAUGGGUGAUUAUUACCGCCUUGAUGGUGGCUUGAUGAUGGACUGAAUUAAAAUAUUUGCCUGCUUCCCCAGCCACAAAUGUCGAGCACCGCCUACUGGGAUGCAAUUCAGUACAUUUAGGUUCACCGGAGUACAUAUUAUUAUUGUAUUAUUGUUAUAUGAAUUAGAGGUACUUAGAAUUGUUUCUCACGUGUCGAAAUCUGUCGAGAGUGAGAACCGUUAUGCAAUUUGCCCUAACGGCCUAACAGCGUGUUACAAAAUAAUAUGAACAUCGUUGCGAGUUGCUUAAUUAUUUGUUUUCGAUGCAACGUUGUCUAUUAAACAAAAAAUUAUAGAGAGAUUUUAACCACCUUCCUAAAUUUAUUUUUUGUUCAUCGGUUUAUCGUUGAUGUUUUUAGUUGUAAUUCGCCGAAAGCUAAUCGGUUUACAGUUCUUGUUAUUAUAGACACUUAUUAAUAGAUACGAGAGACUAUGAGCUAUGGCUACUUUGAUAUCUAUACUGUUUUUUUAAAUAAAGUUGUAUAAUUUCGGGGGGUGGGAGAUUUUGAACUAAAAUUUGUAUUGUUCAAUUGGCUGAAAUAAUUAUUUUCCCAAAACAUGAUACAAUACGAACAAUAUUGGGCAUCCCCCAAUAUUAUUGGUAUAAUAUUAUUAUUGGUUAAAUAUCCAAAACUCCCCAUCAAGUACAACCUUGAAUAUUGUUGUCACUACUUAAAUACUAUUUUAUAAACUAUUUUUUUUUUCAAUUAAGAUGAUAUACCUGCGUUAUUAAAUAAAAAUAACUUUAAAUAUAAUUCAGCUAUGUACCUAUACAAUGUACAUAUAAACCUACCUAUAUAUAAGUAGGUACAAACUAUAGUUUGUACUUCACUAAUGUUGUGUAUCCUACAUAAUAACACUAUAUAUAGUAAGUAUAUUCGGCAUACCCGUAUAAUGAUUUUUCAACAUGACAAACAUAAUUAUUAUAAUUUAUGAUUUAAAUGAUAGAUAAUAUGUUUUUUAAUGAUAAAAAAUGUAUUUAUUUUGUUAAUUGUAUAUAAUUUUAUGGAAGUAAUUAGAUAGUAUAACUUUAAUGUAUUACUGCAUAGAAAAUUUCGAAUUUUAGAACCGUUAUAAAUAACAAAUAUUUAAUGGCAAAUUAUAUCUAUUACGUAAAUAAAUUAAUAGCAAUAAAAACACAAUAUAUAAUUACAAUCUAUAUGAAUGCCUAAUUGACAAAUAAUAAUAAGACAUCUAAUACCUUAGAUGUCUUUAAGUCUCUAUCACAGACUAUUUUCCUACCACAGACUAUAUUAAAAUAGUCUGUGUCCUUAGAAGAAAAUACAAUUUUUCUAUUGUAAGCACUUAGAAAAUUAUGUAACUCAAAUUUGAUUUUAGACCACUGAGUACAACUUAUAAUGUACUUUGUGUUACAUUUUCAAGCAUUUAUCUUAAGUUAUAUAAUUUUAAUAACAAAUAUCUACCAAAUAAAAAUACACAUAAAACACGAAAAUAUCAAAUACCUAUAAAUAGCUUAAAAAUAGUUAGAAUGUAUUAAAAUUGUUAUCACAUCUACAAAAGGCCAGUAUAGGUAAGUAUUUUGUGAAAACCACAGGUCUCUAGGAUAAUUUUAAACCGAAUAACAGCAAUAAACCUAAAUGCCAUAUUUCCUACUUUUUUCCCCGGUUUUUCGUAGCUAUUAGGAAAACUAUAUAAACAAAGGUAUUCUUACUCACGAACUAGACAAAGUUUUCUUUUUCCUCUUCUUGAAAUUUGAUCAAAGAUUUCUGGUGGAAAAAUAUAAUCUUAAACAUUUUAAAUAAAGAAAUCAUUGCACAUAAUUAGAAAAAAUCGUAUUUUUCGUCUUUUUUGGCUUAUCCCAAUUAUUAUGAAAACUACUUUAGAUAUCUAAAAAUGGCUUUCUUUGUCAGUAGUGGAUAUUAAAUUAAACAAAAUCGAUCGCUUGUCAUUUUCAAUUGCAGAAAAAUUUCUCGUAGAAAUUAUCGUUUGCAAAAGUUAAAAACAAUGAAAUCGGUAACACAGCAGUGCGCUGUAAAUAUUUGGCGUAUUAUUAAUAAUUUUCUUAACUGUUUUUCCGAAUUAUUUUAAAAACUACUUAGGAAAUCAAAAAAUAACCAUUUUAAUGUACCACUGGAGAAAAUUUCCUUUCAUAAAAAGUAUUACAAUCUACACAUCGGACCAUGAUUUCUGAAAGAAAUGUUGUUUACAGGUAGCAAAAAAUUACAAAAUCGCUUAUCAUAGUAAAACCAAUAGAUCCCCCACUACGCUCCGAAUUUAAAAUCUAUGCAUAGUCAUGUUUCGUGCAGUGUAUCCAAUUACUGUAAUAUUGAAUCCAAGUCAUUUUUAUCUAUUUAGAUGCGGUCAUGUUAUGGUUAUUCAUAAUAUUAAGAAAUAAUGAAUAAAAAUAAUUCUUUCAUUUUACAACAUUUGAGAAAAUUUGGAAAAUUUGCUUAUUAUAUAAAAUACAAAUUUCAGUGGAAAUUCGGAAGAUUUUGAUGGGCUGAGCUUAUAAGCUCCCCUAGAACCCUCUUUUAUCUAUGGCACUCUUAUAAGAGUGCCUUUUACUUCACAGCCCCCCUCCUCCUCGGUAGAGUUAUUAUUGACCUGAAAACGCAUCUGUCAGUUCCGGACCCUGGUUAUAAUUAAUACAGUGUUUUAUUUUGUACAGUGAUUGCUACUAUUUGCUAGCAAUCUGUAUGUGUAGCAACGACGGGAGCAUAAAAUAUAAAUACUUAGUAGAUAGAUAAUAUUCAUACAAUUUGUUAAUACCUACUAAAUCAUAAAUUAAUUUGUCAACAACUUUUAUGAAUUUCGAAGGAAGUAUUUAUACCUACUUUUUCAAACAAAAUAAUCGUCUAAAUUGAUGCAUAUUUAUCAAAAUUAUACACUUAUACAUAAUAUAUAAUCUAUAAAAAAAACUAAUAAAUAAACUCUUUUUCUGAGGUCUGUUAAAAAUGGUUUUAAUUUAUUUGACAGUAAACAAGUUGCACAUGCUUGCUAACCGCCAAUAAUAAUAUAAAUGAUUAUAAGAUUGUAUUUAAAUAUAAAUCGAACAAAACUACUUAUGUAAAUAAAUAAUCAGAUGCGGUGAUGAAUAAUAAUUGACUUGUAAUAUAUAUUGUUUUUGAUCAAUACACUUUCAUCUAUUAUAGUAAUCUAUACGCAUAAUUUUAGAAUAUUAAUUUGUAUACAGAACGAUUAGAUAAAGUUAAGGUUUAUUUUUUAAAUAUUUUAGUUCACUUUUUUCUUUUAUGUUUUCAUAGCGUUAUAUUUAUUUAUAAUAUAUAUUUUAUUAAAUGAAAUGUAUGGAGUAAUAACUCUAAAACUGUAUGAACGAUUUAUUUCUUUAGUGCACUCCUACUGUGUUUUCAUCACAGAAUUUUGAUGCCAAAGAAGAUGCAACCGCCUUGAAAAAGGCAAUGAAAGGCUUUGGAUGCGAUCAAAAAGCCAUAAUAGACGUGAUUGCUAGUCGGGGCAUUGUACAACGCAUUGAAAUUGCAGAGGCGUUCAAAACGUUAUUCGGAAAGGUAAAAUAAAAAAAAAAACAACAAAAAUUGCACAGUUAUAUUGUAUAUACCAUAUACAUCGAAUGUUAUAUCAUUAAAAUUACUAGUUAAAUAUACGAUAAAAUACCAAAUACUAUAUAAACGUUUAUUUACAUCCAUAUAUUACCUACCAUAAUGAAAAUGUUGUUUAGGAUUUGAAAAAAGAAUUAAAAAAUGAAUUAAGUGGGCAUCUCGAGGACACUGUGUUGGCAUUGAUGACGCCACUUCCGGAUUUGUAUGCAAAAGAAUUACAUGACGCCAUCUCCGGGAUAGGCACCAACGAGGAUGUUCUCGUUGAAAUACUGUGUACUUUGAGUAACUUUGGUGUCCGGACAGUAGCCGAAUGUUAUGAAAAAUGUAAGCAACUUGGAUUAUUAAAUUAAGCUAAAUAACUAAUUACUAAUUAUAGUAUAAUAGUAUAAUAUAUUAUAUAGGUAUUAUAAAGUUUAAUAUUUCUUAAUAAUAAUGGCUGUGGAGAAUGUAAAAUAUGUUUGAAACUCUAAAUAACACGGUGUGUUUGACAUUCGUAUUCAUUUUAAAAAAAAAUAGGUAAGAAAUUAACUAAAACAAGUUUUGUAAAUACCUAUACCGAUACUAAUAUCUAAGUUUAAUUUUAUUUUUUGCUGAAUAAUGUAAAUUAAGUAGGUGUAGGUAGGUAAACAUAACAAAUACGUGACGUACGUAAACAUGUUAUGUUGUAUAAUUAGCAAUGUACUGUUUUACAUUAUUACGACAUUGAAAUUUUAGAAAAUAAUAUGUGUUUUUAAAUUUUAAUGUUUAUACAUUUACAAAGGUUUUAUAUUUUAUUUAAUAUAGAAAACAGAAUAAUGUUGAUUUUAUUUAAAUACAAAAUAAUAAUUUCAUAUUAUCAGUUAUUUAAUUCUAUUAUAUAAAUAAAGCGUUUUCCUACAAAAUUUAUAACGUUCAAAAAUCAAUUAACCUUUGACGAUCAAAAUGUAUUUAUUGCAUUGCUUAUUAUUCAGUUAUAAUUUGACCAUGGAGAUUAUUAGUUAGGUAUAAUCUCCAUGGUCAAACCAUUAUAAUUAUUAUUUCGUUUUGUUUAUAUUUAGUAGGUAAUAAAUUAAUUUCAAAAUAUCUACUUAUUUAUUUUAAAAUCGUUUAUUUUCCAUUUAAAUAUAACACUUUUUUUUAACCGUACACAGUUUUUUGAGACAUGGCUUUUAAAAAUAUAAAAUGGAUCACGAAUAUUUUUUUAAAAAUAUUAAUUGUUUACAUAUUAGCAUAUAGAUGAUAAUAACUUAUUAUUUAUCAAUGUCAACAUUUAAAAAAUAGGUACAGAACUAUCUAUUCAUUAGUUUUUUAUUAUUAAUGUAUCGGCAAGUAGUAAGUAUCAUCCUUGAAUUAGAAUAAAGACAAUAUAUUUUUUUUUCGAGACAUCAAUAACUAUUUUGUUGACAGAUAAUUAAAACUAGGUUUCUACAUUCAAUUUGUUAUACUUUGGUAUUUUGAAUAAUAUUAUAUUAAUUUCAUCAUUGAAAAUUUGAAAUAUUGUUCUCGACCUUCCCAUCAAAGUGUAGGAUAUUAUGAUGUGUUUAAAAAAUAAAUAACUCACGAACAUUUUUCAAGCAGGCAUAGGUUAUUCAAUUAAACGAAUACUUUAAUAUUUUAAACUAUACCAAUAUUCGCAACCUUUGUUAAUUUUGAUAAGUACAUUGAAUAAUUAUGUAAAUUUUAAGAAUUUUGAAUAUUUUGGAAUGAAAUUACCAAAAACUAUUUUGUAAUACAUGUAUAAAUGAGAAAAUGUAUACUUAUAAAUUUAUAACUAUUUAAGGUCACUAUUAUUAGAUAUAGGUACCUAUUGUAGUAUUAUAGAUUAUUGUUCUCCAUUAGUAGAUUCAUUAUGAUAAUAUAUUGGAUUCCAUCCUAAAACCACUAUAGGGAUAUAUACCUAUUGAAUGUAGUUUUUUUUUUAUACUACAUUACACAUUUUUUUUAAUUUGAACUAAAAUAAAAAAUAAUACCUUUGAGUUUAUAUUAUACCUAAAUAAACGAGCUAUAUUAUAUAUUACUAUCCAAAAAUAAGAUACCUAUUUAUAUUUAUAAACUAUUAUGGGAAACCUCAGGGACGCUGUUUCAAUUUUAAAAUAAGGCCUUCAAAUUUUUAAGUAGACUAAUUUGGCAGAUCACUUGUCAACAAUUAUUUAAUGGCAUAAAAAAAUAAUAUUAUUAGCAUGAAAAAUAAUAAUUAAAAAAUGAAAACAAACAAAUCAUACUUAGUAAAUAGCAAGUAUAUAUGUUGGUGUUGAAAUUGUUGAUUUCCGUCAACCCAUUGACGUAUUGAUAUAUGCAUUAAUUUUGGAUAAGGGAUAGUAGUGGUGCAUUAUUAACACGCUACUCACUGUGCCGCCACACCACUCCUCUCACUCCCCCCCCCCGUCUAAAUAAAAAAGUGGAAUAAUCGUCAAAGCAUUAAUGGAAAUCAAACAUUUUACCAACAAAAUUUAUUUGAACUAAUACUUCAUCAAUUAUUUAUGGAAUUUUUAAUAUAGGUUGCCAUUUAAAAAUCAAAAAGUAUUUAGUGGAUUUACAACCAACAAAGAGUAACAAAAAAAAAAAAAAAAUGGACAAUUUUAAAGCUGCUUGUUUCAUAAAUGUUCAAUACAAAAAAAUAACGAAAAAAGUUAAUAUCUUCUGAAUUAAUAUCAAUCAGUUGAUUGAUCAGCCGUUAUAUAUUUAAUAUAAUUUUAAAUUAAAUUAUAAAUAUUAUCAUAAUAUUCCACUUCGUAAAUUUUAAGAAUUCUCUAUACAUUUUUGGAACUGCAUACUUGACAAACACACAUUUUGUGACAAUGGUACAAAAAAAAUGUCAUAGGUACCUAGGUAUUUUAUUAAUUUAUAUAGAUUGUAUAUUAUUAUAUUGAUUAUACCUUAUUUUUAAUAUUUUAAAUCAAAUACUUAUAUAACAAUGUAUAUUAGGUAUCAAGUGUGCACUAUUUAUUUGUCAUCAAAUGUUCGUUGAUCUUUAAUAUGCAGGUACCCUCCAAGUACUUCUUUAUUAUUUAUGAAAAUUAAUUAUGAUAGUAUGAAUUUACAUUUCCUAAUACUUUAAAUACGAAAAUGAAAUUUUUGAACUUUUCAACAACAAUUCGCCGAUAUAAGUAGGUAACUAAAUUUUGAAUUUGAUAUUUAAUACUUUAAAUACAAUAUUAUGUACGAAAACAUCCUUGGAUACUCGUAUAUGUAACAAAUGCUCUUAGAAUUUUUCAGUUUUUAUCAGGCAUAGAACAAUAUUAUCGUAGUCGUGCAAAUGUAAUAUAUUGUAUAGUAAAAUCUAUAAAACAUAAUUUAUUGAUUAGCAUUAACCUAAUGAUACUAGGGAAAUUAACUGAACGCUCCUUAUGUGAACGAUCCGAUUGAAAUUUAUUUAACACAUAUUCAAUCUGAACAGCUAAAAUAAGACUAAAGAAUUUAAAACUGCAGCCAUUCCUACAACUUAAAUUCUUCAUUCUCACAACAUAUUAUUGUAGUGGCAUGUUAGACAUUUUAGCAAUUCGAUAUAUUUUUGUACAGUAACAGUAUAUUAUUUCAGACUUGUUUAAAAAUAAUCAAUAGGUACCUAUUAAUGUAUUCAAGAGAUAUAUUUUUUAUAUCAAAUGAUAUUAUUUGCAUUACAUAAAUUAUAUUCUAAUUAUUGUGAUAUUAUUUAUAAGAUCAUUAUACUAACAAACAGAUUAAAAUAUUGUUUCAGUAUACGGACACAAUCUUGAACAUGACAUUAAAGGUGAUACUUCGGGUCAUUUCAAACGCCUCUGUGUGUCUUUAAGCAUGGUAAGAUACAUUGGUAUUGCAUUUGAACAUCUAAUUUAACUAUCAGUAUGUAUUUAGUUGAAUUAUAGAAAGUCGUUUUUAUAAAAUGCAAUUUUGAUUUAUCUUUAGUUUUUGUAAAGAAUAAAAUAAAAAAUCAGCUAUCUAAUAAACUACCUAUAGAGAUUAAAUACUUGGUAUUUGAAUACCUAAUUUUAAAUAGCUACAUAUAAGAUAACAUGACAUUGUGAUGUAAAUUUUGAUAAUAUUUUAAUUUCUCAAAUUAAUUAACCAAUAAUCAAAAUUCCACUUACAAUAUUAUAUCAACAAAUAAAUACAAUUUUAGAUAGGUAGGUAAUUAAGGUAUCGGUAUAAUAAUAAAUGAUAUAUAGGUAGUGCAAUGAAAAAGCAGCUGAAGAGACUACAAAUAAAAAUUACCAAGAUGGGUACCUACUAUCUAUAAAAUAUUUGUAUUUUCUAUAUUUUUAUAUGAGUAACAAACAUUUGCAAAUAUUAAUUUUUCAUUGAUAGUACCUGCUAGUAGGUAAUUAAUCUAAUACCUUUUACGGGAAUGGCUACCUAAAUUCCUAAGAUCUAAAUAGCACGAAAAAGAAUCUAUUUGAUGGAUUAAAACAAUAGAGUAUUAGUUGACUAUAGGAGAACUAGUUGUUAAAGGGAUCUAAAUUAUAUGGAUAUUUGGUUUAUCUUGGGGAUCAGGUGUACAUCAUAUAUAUUUAUAUGAUUUUUUUAGGUAAAUAUAGGUACCUAUAUUACCUACCUUAUAUUUAGGUAAGUACUUACCUAAAUGUGAAUAAAAAUCAUAAUUACCACUAAUAUCAAUUCGUAACACUAUUACAAUGUUUAGGGAAACCGAGAUGAAUCGCCUAAUGUUAACGAGGAUGCUGUGCGUUUAGAUGCUGAGGCUCUGUAUAAUGCCGGAGAAAAAAUCAAAUGGGGCACAGACGAAUCAGUGUUUAAUCAGAUUUUGGUUACAAAAAGUUAUCAACAUUUGAGACGUGUAUUUGUGGAAUAUGAAAAAUUGGCUUCCAAGGAUAUUGAAGAAUCCAUCAAAAGUGAAUUCUCUGGCGAUAUUUGCAUGGGUUUACUAUCUCUUGGUGAGUAUUAUUUUUUGUAUUUUCACACGAAAUUAUCAGUUUAGAUUAUUUAUAGAUUAUUGUUUAAUGUUAAAAGAAUAUUCAUCAAAAACAUUUUUAUAUAUUAUGGGUUUUAUUAAAUUAACCUUUAUGAUUUUAUUAAAAAAUUUAACAUAGGUAUUUUAAAAUUUGAUCUGCAUUUUCAUUUGUUCAAAUUUUAGUGAAGUGUAUUAAGAGCAAAGUCGAAUUUUUCGCAGAACGUUUACAUAAAAGUAUGGUAGGUCUAGGAACGGAUGACAGGACACUUAUAAGAAUUGUCGUGUCCAGAUCAGAAAUUGACCUCGGUGACAUAAAAGUAGCUUAUGAGAAGAAAUAUGGUAAAAGUUUGGAGUCAUGGAUCAUUGUGAGUUAUUUAUUUAUUAAUUUUUUAUCACAUAAGUUGGAUUUGUUUAAUUAUAUAAAUUAUAUUGUAUUCCUAAAACAAAUUUUAAAAUAUUACUCCUUUUAUUUCAGGGGGAUACCUCCGGAGACUAUAAGAAAAUAUUAUUGAAAAUUAUCGCUUAAAUGGCAGUUUAAUUUGCUAUUCACAAAUGGAUACAUUUCUACAUGAAAUUAUUUAUAAAAUCACAUUGUUAUUUAAUUAUGCUUCAUACAUUAUUUUAUAAUUAUAAUAUUCAUUUAAUUUAAUUAAUUUUAAUUUUAUAAACAAAUUACAUAUAAGAACUUUAUAUUAUAAUAUUGUUUUCUUUUCUUUUUUUAGCCAAAUAUUUUGAAUUUUUAUAAUUAAAGUGUAGAUUUUAUUAUUAUAAAAUUAUAAAAUUUAGUAUUGACUGACCAAUUACAUUAACAUGGUGUUUAAUAAAAAUGUUAAUAGUAAAAACAGUUUAAACAAAUUUGAGCCAACACUGUCACUAUUUUAACUUCCACUGAUUUUAUGUGAAAUUUUGAAAUGGAAAUGGUAUCUGUCUAUGUGUAUAGAAAUAUAUUUAUGAGAAUAACAAAGUUGAAAAUAAUUUUACUCUUAAUUGUAUUUUACAUAGAAAAUAUGUUUUAAGAAACUGGUAUAGUUUGACAAAUUAAUUAAUGAAAACUUAAUUUCUUGUAUUUAUAUAAGAACAAAGAAUGCAAGAUGUAUAAAUUUUGUUAUACAAAAAUGGUAGAGAAUUAUUUUUAAUUGAACAUAUAUUUUGGGUAGGAACUUGAUAAAAAAGAGAAAAUAAUAAUUUGUAUUCAAUAAAAACUAAUAUAAUAUAGACCAUUCAUGAUCAGUACCUACUUUUGACAAUUACAAUCUCAUUAGUGUAAAUACAUUAGAGGGUAAUGAUCAUCUAUUAUGGACAGUGAAUAUAUCUUCAUUCAUAUUUAUUAUUAAUCAAUAGUAAUAGUCUUAUGUUCAAAU